AUGAAGAUAUUACAAGAAACGGACGAUGCCACCAGCAGCAGAAAGCUGAUAAAAUCCCAGGUGGAGAAGCGCAGAAGGGAGAGGAUGAAUUGCAGUAUGGAGCAUCUGAGGGCCAUGUUGCUGCAGGAGCCUCAACAGAUUGGGCCUAAACACAGAGUAGAGAAGGCUGAAAUCCUGGAGCACACGGUCGUCUUCCUCCAGAAAACUGCCACCGAACACAAGACAAGAGCCGGAGGCCAGAAACACUCCUCCUUCCACGACGGCUUCGCCACCUGCCUGCGGCGAGCGUCUCAGUUCCUGGGCCCGGAAGGGAAGGGCCUCUGGCUCGGGCCGGCCCUGGACGCAACCUUCUCCGUUCGCUUCCCAGAUUCUCCGGCUGCUGCACAGAGCCAGACCUCCAGCUCCCUGCAGUACACAAAGUCCCUGCUCCGGAUGCUGAGGCAGAAGAGCCGACUGCAAACGCAAGUGUUCGGGCUGCGCGGCGGCGUUCCUCACCCCUACCAACUCCCAGUCCUGCAGAGUUCUCCCAGAGUCCCACAGCCCCAGAGUCAGCUGCAGACGAGGGCCGAGAGGCCGUCGAGCAAAGAGGGGUCCCCCCAGAGCUCCCCGCUCAGCCAGACAUUGUGGAGGCCGUGGCCUUGAGCGCUGUCGAUUGACCCCUCAGAACUGUCAAUAUGUAACAAGUCAUCAAUAUCCAGUGAUGCCAUGACCGAUUAUUUAUUUCCUGAAAGCUCACAGCGCCAAAGCCUGUAAAUAAUGUAGAAAUGCUUGCUUGUACAUGUGCUGUGUAUAUGUUUGAUGAUUGACUUUGAUUGAGCUCAGUCAGCGACUUGGUCUCAGACUGGUCACAUGAGCCAAAGAGCAAAGGAAGAGGUGAAAUCUCUGAGCUGGGGGGGAUUUAGCCCUCCCCCCCUUAAAUCUGCUGCAAUGAUGAAAGAGUGUGAUGUGGAGGUGGAUGAUAAAAGAUGUAUCCAUCCGUCACAUUUCCAUGUGAGGUUC